AUGGGCAAGUGCUGCAAUGAACUUGGUUCCAGCCCGACCUUGCAGAUUUGUGUAAUUCUCUCCUUGACGGUUUUUGUGGUGAUCACGAUCGCCAACCUUGUGAUACAGUUCGUGGAGAACGACAUCGAGAUUGAUUAUGCGGCGGCGGAUACUGCUGUUGGGCUGAUCAUGCUUCUCAUCGCCAUCGUCUUCUUGCUUACUUGCUGUUCUCGAUGCUGCGCACCCUGUUGCUGUGGGCCUGACAUGCCAGACGUUCCCCCUGCCUGCGCAUGCCAAGGCCCGGCGAGGCUGGACAUUCCCUUCUACAUCGUGUUCUUGCUUGAUUGGCUGGCAGCUUUGCCUGAUGCUGGAAUUAUGCAGGCCGGGAAUCUCUACGACAAUGACAGUCUCACCUGGGAAGAAUACGAUGAGAUGGUUGAAUUUUGGCUCAGCGUGCGGUGGACUCGCUUCCUUCGCAUCCCCCUGCUGAUCACUUCCAUCAUCGGGAUUAUUUUUGGGAUCAGAAAGCUACGACUCAUGCGGAACGGUGGGGUCGGCACGUCCUACAGUUCCCCUCCAUCGUACAAUGGAGCUGCUCCCGUGGCGGUGGGAGCACCGGUGAUUGUGACUGCUACGGAAGUGCAGCCGCAGGGCAAUGAGCCUUCAAAUCAUCCUAAUUCGCCUGUAUAG